ACAAAAUCAGCGGUUUAUAAUAAGAUAGAGGGAAAUGAAUGCUGUAGAGAUGCAAACCAUUGUCAAAUUUCGCUUUCAAUCUGUUCAGCCUUUUCUCUCGUGACCUUAACAACUUCAUCCGAGCAAGAGGGAGUAAAAUCGGCGGUUCGUCCUUUUUUCCUUCCCUUCUCCCUUUUGAUGUAUCUGUUUGAUUGAGUGCACGGACAUGGUAGGACCUUCGAGACCUCAGUUCGUUCUUUUUGGAUCUUCCAUUACUCAGUUCAGCUUCUCCAAUGGCGGUUGGGGUGCUAUACUCGCCGAUGUUUAUGCCCGCAAAGCAGAUAUAUUUCUACGAGGUUACUUAAGUUGGAAUUCUCGGCGCGCUGUACAGGUUCUUGAUCAGGUUUUUCCAAAGGAUGCUGCUGUACAGCCUUCUUUGGUAAUAGUUUAUUUUGGUGGUAAUGAUUCAAUGGGUCCCCAUGCAUCUGGCCUUGGCCCUCAUGUACCACUUCCUGAAUACGUUGAUAACAUGAGAAAAAUUGCAACUCAUAUCCAGGGUCUUUCAGAUAAAACGCGCCUUAUCUUUUUAACGUGCCCUCCGGUGAAUGAAACCAAAGUUCGUGAAAGUUCAAGCAAGUUUCUCAGUGAACUGGUGAGAACAAAUGAGUUGUGCAAGGGGUAUGCCCAAGCUUGUGUAAAGCUGUGCCAAGAAAUGGGUGUAAAAGUUGUUGAUCUUUUUAGUGCCUUCCAAAAAAGAGAUGAUUGGAUGAACGUUUGCCUCACAGAUGGGAUUCAUUUGUCAGCUGAAGGGAGCAAAGUAGUGGUGGAGGAGAUCAUGAAAGUUCUCAAGGAAGCUGAAUGGAAGCCAUCUCUAUUCUGGAAGUCCCUUCCAACCGAGUUUGCAGAAGACUCACCUUACGAUCUUGUUGCAGCCAAUGGCUCAAAAACUCUCAACGGGUCCGAUUGGAUUAUUCACCGAGAUAUCAUGUGGGAUUAGUUUUGCAAGAAUUCCAUAGAAGACAAAGGGAAUGUGAGAGAAGUAUGCAGCACUUGAUCUUUCAUUGUUGCAAUUACAAGCAGCAGAAAAUUUUAGGAUUGAGUGGAUAGAAUGUUGUAUUAUAAAUUAGUAAUAAGUUUUUCAUAAGCUUCUUGGAAAUUAAUAAUAUCAUAUGUGCUGCUUUAUUUCUGUACUGAACACCACGCAGAGACAGCAGGCAAGCUCAGCUAAUGUAGCCAAAAGUAGAAUAUUUGUACCUCAGUAGUCCCUUUAUAAUUAUUUUUCAAUUCAUAUUACAUUAGAGAUGGAGUAAAUGGCUUUGAUUCGAAUCA